CGCAGAAGAAAAAAGAACAGAUUUUUUUAUUUUCGAAACUCUUAAUUUGAAAUAACAAAAACUAAAAGAAAACUCGUGAAAACUAGUUUUGAGCCUUAUAUUCGAAAUGAGCGAAACAGUAAAUGCAGUUCUCGGGAAAAUACGACAGGCGGCAACGGGGCCUAACGGGGGAGUUCGGCCAGGACCUUUCAGCGCGACGACAGCCGCAGCUGAGUACAGUAUGUAUCAAUCGCCAAUGCUGCUCGGAUCGCCACGACUUAAACACGACCGACUUCUGGACAUCCCGUGCAAAGUGUGCGGAGAUCGGUCCUCUGGUAAGCACUACGGGGUGUUCGCGUGCGAUGGAUGUUCCGGAUUCUUCAAGAGAUCCAUCCACCGCAACAGAGUCUACCAGUGCAAGAGUCAGGGCUCGGAGGAGGGCAGUUGUCCCAUUGACAAGACUCACAGGAACCAGUGUCGCGCCUGCCGACUCAAAAAGUGUCUCCUAAUGCGCAUGAACAAAGAUGCCGUGCAACACGAACGUGGACCUAGAAAACCGAAACAGAAGUACUCACCUCUCGAUUUCUCCACGACAAUGAACGAAACCGAAACAGAAAAGGAAGCCUCGCCUUCUAAGCUUCACAAACCUCAUUCCAACUCCAACUCAUUUGUAAACUCAAUUCCGAAUCUGAAACCCACCCAAAACCUAAAUGAUAACAAUAAAAUCAAAGCGCCAGUUUUCGAAACAAGCAGUUCGAGAAUAUCCCCAAGCGAAAAAGCAAAUCCACCAAAUUGGCUCAAUUCGAAUUUUUACUCAAACGUCAUGGCGAAUAUGUUGCAGACAUAUUUCAACUCAUUAGCCUCAACGAUCAAUUGCACAGCUUCGGCACCCAAGGGUCCGGGUUCGAUUCCCGCAUACAGCCUGAUGAUGCCUUUUUACACGAGACAAGCACUGUUUCCAAACUUAUGUUCCCCAGAAAUUCCAAAUGCAAAUUUGAAUACAUCUUCGUUCUCUCCCAAAAACGAUCAAAUUUUGAACUUGACCUUGCCUCGAGGACUUAACAGUAACUUUGUCGAGAAAAACACGAGAUUGGAAGAAACGAAAAAUGAAAUACACGAUCAACAUUUGAGCACGUCUGACAAAAUUUGCAGAAUAAUUAGUGGAAAUUUUCUAUGGACGACCCAACUGCCUGCUUUUCAACUGCUAACCCCUCAUGACCAGAAGCUGUUAGUUCAAGCAUCUUGGAAGGAGACGCUUUUGCUUAACUUGGCACAACACCUCACGGCUUACGAAGUUUCGGCUAAUUUCUCGCUUUCGGCCACAAGAUACCAAACUGAAGGAAGUCUAAUAGAAAACAAUAGUGAACAUCAGAACAGUUCCCUCGGCUCUGUGGUGAAGAAGAUCCAUAGCUUGAAUUUGGAUGUCACCGAAUAUGUGCUACUUAAGACCAUCGCAGUGUUCAAACCAGAAAUAGUGGACCUGGUUGACCCCAAAGCGGUCGAGGGAGUGCAGGACCAGUGCCAGGUGAUGUUGGGGGACUACAUUAAGAGACAGCACCCGUCAAACCCCAUGCGAUUCGGCAGACACCUCCUUCUAAUGAGCACUCUCAAGACAGCUGUGGAUGAGCGAGAAGUCGUCAGCCAAUUGAAAGCCGCCACGACUGCAACGACUAAAAAUGUGUCCAGCGAAAUGAACAGAAUCGACCAAGCCAAAAUUGAGAAAGCCGAAAACUAAGAUGCUCUGAAAGAAAGUUUAUCCAAAACGUUCGAAAAAACUCAACAACUAUAGAAACUUAAAAUUAAGAUUCAACAACUAUAGAAACUUAUAGUGCUAGUAUUCGUACAGGAUGUAUAAAAAACUUUAACAGUCACAAUCGAUUCGAUAUUUUACAAAAGUUGAACAAAACGUUCGAAAUAAUUUGACUUUUAAAUUGAAAACGCAUGUGUGUGAAUUCAUAUAUUUAAUUAAA